AUGGCCUCGGCACCGGGCGCGUCCGCGCAUGCCAUCGAUCAUGACCCUGAAUUUCAGUCCGGUAUCCAGGUGAUCCUCGAACAACUUCGAGCACAAGGAGCCUCUGAUGAAGAAAUAGAGCGCACCAUGGAGCAAGCGAAACAAUUUUAUCUUCAGCAAAAGGAUGCGAGGGCAUCGGAAAUGAAGCAGACAUCGGAGAGCGAGCAAUACCCUCCGUCCUUCCAUGCGAUUGUGGAGCUCAUUGCGACGGGGCAGGAAUCCCAGAUCCCAGGCAUUCGCGAUAUCCCCCUCAAAAUCAACCCAGCGCCGCCAAGUGAGUCCAAGAUGGAGUGUCCCAAAAAGCCAUGGGAGUCGUGCUGA